AUGCGUGUUCAUGGGCUGACUCUCAUUUCGUUGCUCAUUUCUUCGGCGGCCGCGCACGAGGACUCUGAAUUACUAGACUGCAACACGGAAGACGCCGACGUGGAGAAAUGUGCGCAGAAGAUUGACACUGUUGUUGCGGUUACACCAGGCAUUUCCUAUUUCACCAAAAUCGCAUGCAAGGACUGUCCUUAUGCAAAGUCGUUUGGUGGGGAUCUCGACGACGGUCACUCAGAGGGCAAGAUUGCACAUGGCGACCAAGAGCUGUUCCUCAACGUCACCCUAGCAAAUGACACGCGCUCCAUUUUCCUCAAUGGCAAGAAGAUCUUCCCGACCCUCAACACCAUCCCGAACCCUCCGCACAUUGCCGUCGCCUCGCUCCACCCCGACUUCUCCUACAAGAACCUCACUACAGCAACCUCCUGCUCGAACCCAACAUGCGAGGGCCGCCACAUUAGUGACGACUGCACAGAGUGGUGCGAGAGCCUCCCUCUUGGCCGUGCAUUCCUAGACUACUCGUACGCCGCACACGUCCAAAAGGAAGAGCCAGACGCCAAAAUCCGCUUCUGGGAGAUAGUCUUCGAUCCCGUCGGCGGCCGCAGCCUUCCUCCCGCAGGCCACAGCGGCGUCUCCGUUCCCUGGGAGUUUGAUGACCCGGAGCGCAAAUCCCUGCUCAUCGUUGUUGCCGGCCAACCCGUCAAGCCAGGCCACAAGGUGAAACCGCACAACUCCCAGGACGGCGGCCUAUUUGGUUCUGUCGGCGGCGCGGACGAGGUCUACGAACUCGAAAUUACAAAAGUGGAGCAGGUGGUGCGCCGCUUCAACUUCGCUGCCCCACGCCUCACCGUCUGGGGCAAGAUCAGGCGCUUCUUUGGCGCCGACGUGUGGAAGGAGGAGGGCGAGCUUGUAUAUCUGAGCGACGAGUGGGGCGUCUGGGGCAAGAAGGGCACGUUGAGGAACCUAGUGGGCGACGUCUUCCACUCCAAUUUUGUGGGCCUGUUUUUCAUCAUCAUUGGCAGCGUGGUCGGUGGUUUCAUUGCGCUGCGCAUCAUCCAGAGCCUGUACUUGCUCGUCAAGCAGCAGAGUGGCCUGGCGAGAUGGGAGGGCAUUGAUGCCGUGUACAGUCAGCUUAACCAAAACAGAGGAGCCGAGGAGGACGAAGAGGGCAUGUUUCGAGGGGACUACCGCGAUAGUUAUGAGGAAGGCGGCAGUCGCGCGUCCAUGGGCUGGAACGAGGAGAGGAUGAAGCCGCUGCCGACCAAGCCAUUGCCUGAGAAGCCGUUGCCCCAGGAGCCGCUCAUUGAUACAUAG